AGGGCGAAUGGGGGCGUGUGAAGAUGGCGGCGUACAUGAUGAGAGUUGGUCCAGGUUCUUUCGGUUCUGCUCGGGUUCACAGACCUGCUCUGUUCUCCGCUGCUGCCGCAAUACUGAGAUCCGUCAAUGUGUCUGCCACACAGUCAAUCUCAUUACCAGAGAUGGUUAAGAUUGUAGAGGUUGGACCCCGAGAUGGACUUCAGAAUGAGAAGACCGUCGUUCCAACAGAGGUGAAGAUCUGUCUGAUUGAUAUGCUCUCAGAGGCAGGACUUCCUGUCAUUGAGGCCACAAGUUUUGUUUCACCUAAAUGGGUCCCUCAGAUGGCCGAUCAAGAGGAAGUGAUGCGUGGCCUCCACAAGAAACCUGGCGUGAACUACCCUGUUCUGACCCCUAAUCUGAAGGGAUUCCAGGCUGCUAUGAAGGCUGGUGCAAAAGAGGUGGCAAUAUUUGGUGCUGCAUCAGAGCUCUUCAGUAAGAAGAACAUAAACUGUUCAGUGGAUGAGAGUCUUGUGCGCUUUGAGGAGGUGAUGAGAGCAGCCAAUCAAGAGGGGGUUCCUGUGAGAGGCUAUGUGUCAUGUGUGCUGGGUUGUCCAUAUGAAGGGAAGGUAUCGCCGAACAAAGUGGCAGAGGUGGCUAAGCGACUGUAUUCCAUGGGCUGCUAUGAGAUUUCACUUGGCGAUACUAUCGGAGUGGGCACUCCGGGUGGCAUGACGGAGAUGUUGAAUGCCGUGAAGAAAGAGGUUCCUGUGGAGGCUUUAGCAGUUCACUGUCAUGACACUUAUGGACAAGCACUCGCUAACAUACUUGUAGCAUUACAGAAUGGGGUAAGUGUCGUGGAUUCAUCCGUUGCAGGGCUGGGCGGCUGCCCUUAUGCCCAAGGGGCUUCUGGGAAUGUUGCAACUGAAGAUUUGGUCUAUAUGCUGCACGGACUGAGAAUCCAUACUGGAGUGGACCUGCCCAAACUGUUGGACGCUGGCUCAUACAUCUGUCAUUCACUCAACAGAAGGACAAAUUCAAAAGUAGCUCAGGCCUCCUGCAAGCUCUGAAGUCUUCUUUCUCUUUAUGGAGAUUAUAGUCUCUGGUAUGAUGACAUUACUCUUUUGGAGCUCACACUACAUAACCCCUUAGUACGCAAUGAAAUCUCUUCAUUUAUAACAUUUUUCAAAUAAGUAUUUCUAAACACAGUGGAGCUGGACAUUGGGGAUCAGCAC